CAGAUAACAGCUACCUCGGGUUUUUAAACAGUUGGCAUGAGGAGAAUAAGCCAAGAGUGCUAAUGUUUGAUGUAGCAUCUAAUAUCCCUUUUUUGUACAAGCUCACAGCGUUUGCCUAUAAAGACUAUGUACGGUUUGGCUAUGUGGACAUGGGCCUGACUGAGACCUCUAAAGUCGUGCAGAGGUUUAGCAUCAACACAUACGCUCCCACCAUGCUCCUGUUCAAAGAGAACACAGACAAACCUGCUGAUGUUAUGCAGGCAAGAGGGAUGAAAAAGCAGAUAAUUGACGAGUUUGUGUCCAAUAAUCGUUUCCUUCUGGUGCCGCGGCUGGUGAAUCAGAAACUCUUCGAUGAGCUGUGUCCAGUUAAACAGUUCCACCGUCGCAGGAAGUACUGUGUUCUUCUCGUUACUGGUGAAGGAGAGCAGUUUGUGUCAGUGAAUGAGGCAUUCUUUGACUUCGCUUCUUCCAACACUAAAGAAGUUCUCAGGUUUGCUUAUGUUUAUCAGAGACAACAGCAGCCUCUCUGUGACACCCUGCUCAAAAAGGAAGACACAACCCCUCCACAGGUGAUUCUCCUGGAGAGACGCAGCGCUACAGGAAGGGUGCUGUAUCGGACAGUGACGGGUGGAUGGAAUGGGAGUGAUGAUGAUAAGCACCGCCUCCAUGAGCAGCUUGAGAUUCUGCAAAGAGAUCCCUCCCACCUUACCCAUGAUGCCAUGCUGCCUGAACUCAACAAUGAGUUUGCCUCUAUGUUUCUGAUUCAUUGGAUAAAUACUGCAUAUGAUUACCUCGCUCAGUUUUACUUUGAUCUUCUCUACUCUAACUGGCGUGAGAUGAUGCCCGUACUGUCUCUGAUCUUCUCCGCUCUUUUCAUUCUGUUCGGGACUGUAAUCAUUCAGGCCUUCAGCGAUGCUGGGGAAGACAAACCAGCCAAACAAAAGGCCACUGAUCCACCAAAGACAGCAGAGAGCUCUCCAGGACAAGAAAGCACUUCAAGUCGUCCACCAAAGAAGAAUUUUGUGGAGGUAACGGAGCUGACGGACAUCACAUACAUGAGUAACCUAGUCAGGUUAAAGCCUGGUCACAUCAACGUUGUGCUGAUCCUCACUGAUGCUUCUAAGCAAGUACUGCUCAGGAAGUUUGCCAAAGAAGUGUAUUCGUUCUCAGGGUCUCAGACUCUUCACUACUCCUUUUUAAAUGUGGACAAGCACAGCCAAUGGAUGGAUUCCCUCAUGGAGUCGGCUCCUGACGCCAGACCGUCAGACUGCUUGGACGAAGAGGAAGACUCCACCUCCAACAAAUCAGACUACACGGGCCAUGUCCUGGCGCUCAAUGGCCACAAGAAAUACUUCUGCAUAUUCAGACCCGUGUUCACAGGGGAGGAAGCCGAAUGUAGUAGGUGGUCCGAUGAGGAUGCGGCGACGGCCGGUCCAAGCAAAGCCACGAGGUCCCGGUCAAGUUCUCGACAGAAGGCCACCACUCUGGAGAUCCACCACAAACUGGACCGACUGAGUCUGUGGAUGGAGAGGCUUAUGGAGGGAACUCUACCACGGCACUAUGUUCUGGCCUGGCCUGGUCUGGACACCAUAACGCCACAGAAAUAAGACUCUUCUCUGUCCUCAGGCCCAUUGCAGGAGGCGUGCUUUAGUGAUGUGAAAAGUGUUGAAUUCUCAACAUCUUUUCGAUCCAAAUUACUUGGUUACUUAAAAGAUAUUAAGUUAUUCUGUAAAACGCACUGGUGAUAAGUAGAGGUUUUCGUUAGAGCACCAUGUGCUCGUCGGCUGCUUUUAGGGGCAAAACUCCAUCUGUAAAGUACACUGUCUUUUUGUUAGUAUGGUUGUUUCAUUACUGUAUGGAUGCCAGUGCCCAGAUAAAGCCUCUCUGUGUAGCUUCCGGCAGGGCUAUCGUGUCUUUACACUGCUGGGAAGGUGGCAGCUACAGUCCACCUUUAUAAUAUCAUCCAGGGUCCUGUGAAUUCAAGCAACGGGCCAGAUUUCAGAAGCAACUCGUAUUGAGAUUACCGUUCUGCCUUUUUUCCAGUUAGAGUCACUAUGUGGAUGAUAGAAAUUUGAAAAAGAGAGUGUCUGUGGAAAAGGUUUAAUCAUCCUUUUCUCUUUAUGCAAAAAGUCCAACUACAAAUUUACUAAACCGUGCUGCAUGAAAAAUCACGUUUUGAAGACUUGAGAAGAUACUUGGAUUUUACUGCCAUUUGUGCAUAUGCUGCCUUUCCUUAAAGCCCAUACUUUCUUUAACGUCAUUUGUUUCAUGUUUUGCACUUUGACGACUUGCUUAUGAUUCUUUGAUUAAUAAACGUAAUAUUUAAAUGGAGGUUCUAACGGCAUUAGAAUUAUCACUACAACUUAAGGUUAAGAAUGUCUCUAGAUCAUCAGUUGCCAUUUUCUUUUAGGAAAAUGGCAUUAUUUUUAUGUUGCACUUUUUUGUGGUUGAUUUAUAUGUGCAUUGUUUAAAAAUAAUAAAGUUUGUACUGUA